CAUCGUCUGACCAUCUCGUUCUCAUCGCAUGAAAUACAGUCAUCCUCACACAAAUACCAGUUCAUCAUUUCGGUCUCUUCUAUCUUCCCAACCAUCAUAAAUUCUUUCUUUCGAUUGAGCACUGCGUCUUUUGCCACUGCUUUUCUCCUCGACUUUUGCUGCAUUCGGUUCAUCAAUUGGUGUAAAGGUGUUCCCUUCUCGUUCGCCAUCAUUUCCUCUUCCUCCUCUGCGAUAAGGCUGCUCAUAGUGGAGAGUAACUUAGACUAGUAACAUGCAUAUGUUACUAGUCUAUGUUACUACCUUCAUAGUGGGUAGUAUCAUAUAUGUGGUAACAUACAUGUCUUCAUUUAUUACUUUGUAGACUCAUUUUGCAUUGGAAAGCGCUAUGUGAUGGUAACAUAUUAUGUUACUCUAUUUGCCUCUCUCCUCAUUAACUACUUGCCACCUCAUCAUUUUUGCUUAUGUGGCACCUAAGUUACCACCUAUGUUACUCCCCCUAUGACCAGCCUAAACAAAUUUUGUUUAGCGCCACCGCCUCCACCUGACCUGACCCCAGCAAAAGCCAAGCCAAGCGCCCUGCCAUUAAAAGCCUUCCUUUUUUUGGCUCCAAAUCUGCGUCCGGUCUGGUUCCUUCCUUCCUUCCACCAAUCUCUCCGGCGGCUCCAGGACGGGAUAGCUUCCUCCCAUUCCAUUCCACCAUCGAAAUCCAAUCCUUGACCUCGGGCGACCUCCCUCCAAUUCCCCAACAGCAAGCAUAAGCCUUCUUUUUUGGGCACUCCGACGGGGAUGGGGAUGCUCGCCGACAGGCUCAGGGCCUUCUCCACCAACCGAUGGCUCGUCUUCGUCGCCGCAAUGUGGCUGCAGUCCAUGGCCGGCAUCGGCUACCUCUUCGGCGCCAUCUCGCCAAUCCUCAAGGCCGCGCUCGGCUACAACCAGCGCCAUGUGGCGGCGCUCGGCAUCGCCAAGGACCUCGGCGACUGCGUCGGCUUCCUCGCCGGCUCGCUCUCCGCCAUGCUGCCCGCCUGGGCCAUGCUGCUCAUCGGCGCCCUGCAGAACUUCCUCGGAUACGGAUGGCUCUGGCUCAUAGUCACCAAGCAGGCGCCGCCGCUGCCUCUCUCCAUGAUGUGUGUCCUUAUCUUUGUUGGAACCAACGGCGAGACAUAUUUCAACACAACUUCACUAGUUACAUGCAUCCAGAAUUUCCCAAAGAGCAGGGGCCCAACUGUGGGCAUUCUGAAAGGAUUUGCUGGGCUUAGCAGUGCAAUUCUGACUCAACUGUUUGCAGUAAUGCACACACCAGAUCAUGCAACUCUUAUCUUCAUGGUCGCAGUCGGGCCAUCACUUGUUGCCAUUGGCCUCAUGUUUGUUAUAAGGCCUGUCGGAGGUCACCGACAGGUGCGGUCAUCUGACAAGAACAGCUUCAUGUUCAUCUACACCAUUUGCUUGCUCCUUGCCUCAUAUCUCGUUGGUGUCAUGCUAGUCCAAGAUUUCCUGGAAGUGAGUGAUAAUGUGGCUAUUUCUCUCACAGUGUUUCUUUUCAUCUUGCUUAUUUUACCGAUCGCGAUCCCCGUGGUCCUGACAUUUAGCUUGAAAACUGAAUAUCCAAGUCCAUAUGAAGAGGCUCUGCUGUCUGAAGCAUUAAAAGGAGAGGCAGGUACUUCACAUGAAAGGGAGGAUCAACCAGAGUUGAUUCUAAGUGAGAUGGAAGACGAGAAGCCUAAAGACAUAGACUCUUUAUCCCCAUCUGAAAGGAGGAGGAGAAUUGCAGACUUGCAGACCAAGUUAGUUCAAGCUGCAGCAAGAGGUGGGGUUAGAGUCAGGAAGGGACCACGUAGGGGGGAGAACUUCACCCUGAUGCAGGCAUUGGUCAAGGCUGAUUUUUGGCUUAUUUGGUUAUCGCUUCUGCUCGGGUCUGGAUCCGGGCUGACGGUGAUUGAUAAUUUGGGUCAGAUGAGCCAAGCUGCCGGUUUCGAAGACGGACAUAACUUCGUGUCAUUGACGAGCAUAUGGAACUUCCUUGGUCGUGUUGGAGGUGGCUAUUUCUCUGAGAAUAUUGUCAGGGAACAUAAAUACCCAAGGCACAUAGCAUUGGCCUUGGCUCAGAUACUCAUGGCUGCUGGACAUUUCCUCUUUGCAAUGGCUUGGCCUGGAACUAUGUACAUGGGAACCUUCCUGGUUGGGCUUGGAUAUGGCACUCACUGGGCUAUUGUGCCGGCUGCUGUUUCUGAACUUUUCGGCGUAAAACACUUUGGCGCGAUGUAUAAUUUCCUCACAGUAGCAAACCCCACAGGGUCGCUGAUCUUCUCAGGUCUCAUUGCCAGUAGCUUCUAUGACUAUGAAGCUGAGAGGCAAGCACAGCGCCGUCAAAGCUCAGCGUCGUCGUCUCCACAGUUUCUUCAGGGCAUGGGUUUACUUGCAGAUGGGCCACUGAAGUGUGAAGGGGCUGUUUGCUUCUUUGUCAGCUCGUUGAUCAUGUCGGCGUUUUGCGUCGUGGGUGCUGGCUUGAGCCUUGUCAUUGUUCACAGGACCAAGCGAGUCUACUCUCACCUCUAUCGAUCUGUCCGGUGAUGAACUUUUUUUUUCCAUGGAUAGACCAUCCCCGUUGUACCAUGUACCAUACAUACAUUAUUAAACAUAUGAUACAUGAACCAAGAUACAAGAAGUUAAAGUUUAUUUGUUUGUAUAGUUGCAGACCAUUUUAUAGUUUGUACUGUAAGCAACCCGUCCCCAGAUGUAAAUUGCAGGGUUUUUUUGUCCGAGGAUGCGACUGUGUAUUUAUCUGUCAAAUGCUACUUUACUUUGGCUGUAAUGAACCCUCUCUGAUGAUAACACCUUGUAUGAUUUCUGCCAAUGCUGGAAACAUCAAACUUGUGAAACUGCCCGGCUAUUUUUAUUAGACUUUCUUGCCGUGUAUGAAACUUGUGACUAGUAAAUGUUCUCAUGCUCUUUCAUGUAUAUAUAUAAGGAGUAGUAUACUAUGGAAUAAUACCCUCAAAUGACCAGAGUCAGGAAUUCAAACUGCAAAAUGAUUGUGGAGUGGAGCACCUCCACUUUUUGUCGCUGGAGUUUCCGUGCUAUUUA